AUGGCGGAGCAACGGGUCAACGUCCAUAUCCCCUCCCCUCCCCCAGUCCUCGAUAGCGUCCAGCUCCGCAACAUCCAGCUCCCCCUGCCCGUGGCCCCAGACCCAUGGCAUCGGUUCGGGAAGUCCCAGCCCUGCACCGCCUCUCUCAAGCUAUCCUACUCCUCCGCCGUUGCGGCAGCCGCCGCGGAUGAUGUAUCCCUAUCGCUGGACUACGGCAAGUUGUACCGUCGCCUAGAGGAAGACGUCCGUCACAUGGGUGCGAACCAGGAACACCCUGGGGGAAAGAUGAUCAAUGUGAAUGGGACACGACGGGAGGAGAUGUUGAGUCAGGAGCUGGGACAGGAUGUCCGAUUGACAGCGGGGAUUGUGGCCAAUUGCGGUCUGGGGUUGCUGGACGAGACGGCCGCCGGGGUCCGGAGGAUGUCGCAUGUGCAUCAGCAUGGUGGGCGGAGGCCCAGUCAUUCGGCGGGCCAGCUGGAUGCUGAAUUGGCGUCCUCCCUCACGUCGUCGGAUACCUCGAUCAACGGGUCGUUCGGUCAAUGCGAGGUCUGGCUGCAUCUGCCCAAGGCGCUGCUGCGCGCCGAGGAGGGGCUCCGGUACCGCAGCGUCACCAUGUGGGGAUACCGCGAAGGAGUCAUGGGACUCGAGUCCGAACGCUGCCCGGUGGUGCUGGAGGAGGAAUUCCGCAUUGACGGAAUCCGGUGUCACUGCAUCCUGGGGGUCAACUCCCACGAGAGGGUGGAGAAACAGGCGGUGAUCAUCUCGUUGGAGUUCAAGGGACCGGGCCAGUUGGCGUGGGGAUCCACGGUGGUGAACACCUGCCAGGAGAUGACACGGGCGGUUGCCGAGCGAGUCGAGGGAACGUCGUACCAAACAGUCGAAGCGCUCGCGACUUUCAUUGCCCACAUCGUGACGGUCGACUUCGGGAAUGAGCGCGUCACGGUCAAGGUGGAAAAGCCCAGCGCGUUGGCCUUUGUGGAGAGAUCCGGCGUCGAGGUGACGCGGUCCCAGGCCUUCUUCGAGCGGCCGGAUGGGAAUGCGGUAUGA